UUCAUGAUAUCUUUUCCUUCCCUGGAAAUGAAUCCCUAGUUUUUACCGUCGCUCGCUCCCACACGCCACAAUCACUGUUCAAAUCCAAAACCAUUUGGAUUGAUUGAAUUCCCUCCCGCGACCACAGCUGGGAUUCUGCUCGAUCUUCGCAUUUCUCGUCCGAUUCGUCACCAACAUGUACAGAGAUCGAGGAGGAGGUUCAUCCAGGGGCGGGGAUUUGCUCGAUCGUAAGCGAAUCAACGACGCCGUCGAGAAGUCUUCCUCGCCUUCUACCUCCAGGAACAAGGCUGGCAAGAAUGUCGAUCACCGUGAUAACCGCUCCUUGUCCAAUCUCGAUACUAACAAGAACAAGUGCUCCGAUGAGGAAUCUGAAACAGAUAGUGAAGGGUCUGAUGUCAGUGGUUCUGACGGGGAAGAUACAUCUUGGAUCUCUUGGUUUUGCAACUUGCGUGGAAAUGAGUUCUUUUGUGAAGUUGAUGAUGAAUAUAUUCAAGAUGAUUUUAAUCUCUGUGGGUUGAGCAACCAAGUUCCCUAUUAUGAUUAUGCUCUUGACCUAAUUCUUGACGUGGAAUCAUCUCACGGGGAUAUGUUUACCGAGGAACAGAAUGAAUUGGUUGAGUCAGCUGCUGAAAUGCUUUAUGGCCUCAUUCAUGUGCGAUACAUUCUGACGACGAAGGGAAUGGCUGCAAUGUUGGAAAAGUAUAAAAGUUACGAUUUUGGAAGAUGCCCAAGAGUUUACUGCUGUGGGCAGCCUUGUCUACCAGUUGGACAAUCAGACAUCCCUCGCUCGAGUACUGUAAAGAUAUACUGUCCCAAAUGUGAAGACAUUUACUAUCCUCGAUCCAAGUACCAAGGCAAUAUUGACGGUGCAUAUUUUGGAACCACAUUCCCUCACCUAUUCUUGAUGAGUUACGGACACCUCAAGCCACAGAAGCCAACACAAAACUAUAUCCCGAGAGUAUUUGGCUUCAAGAUGCACAGGCCAACCUAAGAGUCUCGAUGCUCUUAGUUCUUCUUUGAUGGAGCCUAAUGCAUACAAGUCGGGCGUAAGCAAGCCACAGGUAUUUCAUUCUGAUUCAUGCUUGUUAACUGCUUGAUCAAUUGAUGGAGAAGCAGCAAUAUGCAAAUGGUUUUUAUUGGAGAGUAAAUGUAAGAGAAGGAAUUACAAUAUUUUUCUGGUCGGGAAAUGUUCUGUGUUGCAUUCUCAUGCCUAUUCAAAACUAUGGAUUUAUACAUAUAUAUAUAUAUAUAUAUUAUAUGUGAAGCAGAUGUAGUUCUGAUUUAUAAGUAUUAAUUAGUGCUGAUUGCUGAUAUGUUUUAACUUUCUCCUUGCAAAAUUAUAAUUAGCUGUGAGAAAUCUUAUAUUGGGAUCACUUGUAU